UCAGCGGCACUUCAAAGCCUGAGAGGGAGCUACAAUUGUGGUGGAAUGGGCGGAACUGAUCAUUGUAUUGCACACCUCUAAAAAAAACACUGCCUCUGAUUUAUCAAUAUAAAAAAGAUCCUCUGAGAGGAGGGCACUUUUGUGUGAUGGCAACUUCACUUCUAGGGGUGAGUCUAAGGAUUUUUUCUCUUGCUGGUUUAAUUAGUUUCUUUUUAUUGUCGAUCGGAGGGGGUUAAAAUAGCCCCUGUCUUGACCAGGGCUAUCAGUCUCCUCUAUUGAGGUUUUUUUUUCUUAAGUACAAGCGAGUUUAGGAGAAAAGAAAGAGAGAGGGGGGGAAAGGGGCCAGAGUCACUUUUCAGUGUGCAGGAAAAGGUCUUAAGGGCAUUUGUAGAAGCAACCUACAGCGCCCGGGCUGUGCUGUUCCUGUAUCCCCGGUGAAGUGUCCUCUCUUCUUUACAUGUGACUGCUGGAGGAAAAAAGCAGCACUUUCUCCGUCCGUGUGCAAUUGCUAAUUUGCAACAGAUUGUGGUUUUCUUUUUCCCUUUAACAUUUUUCAGCCCGUCGCGUCCAGCAGGAAGAACCGAGGUUAGGCUCGACUCCUUUGGCCAUGCUCGCCGCCACCUGCAACAAGAUCGGCAGCCCCAGCCCGUCUCCCUCGUCCCUCUCGGACAGCGCGUCCUCCUUCGGCAAAGGCUUCCACCCCUGGAAACGCUCCUCCUCCUCGGGCAGCUGCAACGUGGUGGGCUCCAGCCUGGCGGGCUUCGGGGUGGCGGGCGCUUCUCGGAACGGCUCCUCGGCGGCUGCGGCUGCAGCGGCUGCAGCGGCAGCGGCGGCCGCACUGGUCUCGGACUCCUUCAGCUGCGGCGGCUCGCCGGGCUCCAGCGCCUUCUCGCUGACCUCCAGCAGCGCGGCCGCCACCAGCUCGCCCUUCGCCAACGACUACUCCGUCUUCCAGGCGCCCGUGAGCUCCGGGGGCGGCGGCGGCGGCGGGGGCUCGUCCCAGGAGGCGGCCGCGCACCAGCCCGUCUUCCUCUCCAAGGUGCACACGUCGGUGGACGGGCUGCAGGGCAUCUACCCGCGCGUGGGCAUGGCGCACCCCUACGAGUCCUGGUUCAAGCCCUCGCACGCGGGGCUGGGCGCUGGCGAGGUGGGCUCGGCCGGCGCCUCCAGCUGGUGGGACGUGGGCGCCGGCUGGAUCGACGUGCAGAACCCCAACGGGGCGGCGGCGCUGCAGGGCUCCCUGCACCCGGCCGCCGGGGGGCUCCAGACCUCGCUGCACUCCCCGCUGGGCGGCUACAACUCGGAUUACUCGGGCCUGGGCCACUCGGCCUUCAGCAGCGGCGCCUCCUCGCACCUGCUCAGCCCCGCCGGGCAGCACCUCAUGGACGGAUUUAAGCCCGUGCUGCCCGGCUCCUACCCGGACUCGGCCCCCUCGCCGCUGGCCGGCGCUGGGGGCUCCAUGCUGAGCGGGGGCCCCGCCGCGCCGCUGGGGGGCUCGCCCCGCUCCUCGGCUCGCCGCUACUCCGGCCGGGCCACCUGCGAUUGCCCCAACUGCCAGGAGGCGGAGCGGCUGGGGCCGGCCGGGGCCAGCCUGCGGCGCAAGGGGCUGCACAGCUGCCACAUCCCGGGCUGCGGCAAGGUCUACGGCAAGACGUCGCACCUGAAGGCGCAUCUGCGCUGGCACACGGGCGAGCGGCCCUUCGUCUGCAACUGGCUCUUCUGCGGCAAGCGCUUCACCCGCUCGGACGAGCUGCAGCGGCACCUGCGGACCCACACGGGCGAGAAGCGCUUCGCCUGCCCCGUCUGCAACAAGCGCUUCAUGCGCAGCGACCACCUCAGCAAGCACGUGAAGACCCACAGCGGCGGCGGCGGAGGGGGAGGCGGCGGCGGGGGCGGCUCCGGCAGCGGGGGCAAGAAGGGCAGCGACACUGACAGCGAGCACAGCGCGGCGGGCAGCCCGCCCUGCCACUCCCCGGAGCUGCUGCAGCCGCCGGAGCCCGGCCACAGGAACGGCCUGGAGUGAAAGCUGCGGCGGGGGGCGUGGGAGACGCUGGGGCUGGGCGCCCUCCCCCGCUCCCCCGCGGGAGUAACUGUGUAAAGGGGCCGUGGACAUGUAAGUAACGUGCACUGUGUUCUCGGACACGCUCCCCAGGGCCUCCCUUCCCCGCAGCUUCCAGCCCCCUCCAAGCGCUCCUCGCUCGCUCGCGCGUGGGUUAAGGGGAACGCGGGGCCACACAAGAAAAGCUCUAGGGGAAAAGCGACCUAGGAGGCGGCAGAUCGGGACAAAACAGCGCGAGCGAGUCCGACAUGGGGGCCAGCGUAGCGUGUCUCAUGGAGAAAGCUGGGGGCAGAAAGCGCCCAGUGCUGCCACUUGAAGCAUUUGGGUGAAAAUGUGUUUGGAGGCUUUUCUUUCCCCUCAAAGAAUAAAUAAUAAUAAAAAAUCCUUCCGUGUUUAUUUAAAAAUCACCUGCUCUGCAGCAGUUAAAUGGCCAGUUCACAGGUCAAGAGCUUUUUACACUUUUAAAUAAUAAUUAAAAGAACAAAAACAAAACACCCCAACCAUCAAAGAUACGCCUGGGAGCAAUUCAAAAGUUGCCGAAGAAGUCUCGGGCUUGUUUUCUGGCUGUGGAGGGAAUGAUUUUGGAGCGUUAUAACAACUUAAAAGUUUUUUUAUAAACACAUUUUGCCGUUGUUGUUGCUGAAACACAGCCCUAAUGUUGAAUUUAAAAUGAUCCCGAUCUGAUAGGGUUUUUUUUUUUUAAACACUGCUUUCCAGUGAGACCAGCGCGACUGUAUUUAUCCUUUUGAAAAAUAGGUUUCCACCCCACUUUCCAAAUUUAAUCUCGUUUGCUAGUCCACCCGUCCAUUUGUAUAGUUCCCGUUUCUGUACAUUCACACGGUACGCCGAAAAUAAUUAGGAUUAAAUUUAUUUUUUUGGUAAUUAAAUUCAAAUCCAAUGAAGAAGCAUCGUUGGUUUCAAGCGAAGCUGUAGAUCGAAGCCAAAAAGAGGAUGGUGGGGACAAAUAGGGAAAUAAAAUAUUUGUAAAAUGCAUCUGAAUCUAAUGGUUUGUACAACUGGGGAAUCGUUCUAGAUUAGCUAACAGUUAAAUAUAACUCCACCAAUGUAUCGGUGUGAGGUGCAGUUGUUCAGGAGACGAUUUUGUAUAGUAUUUUUCUUGUACAUUACUUCUAGUAAAUAUUUGAAAAUAUAUUGAAGUACACUUGAGCUUUUUUUUCUUUUGUCACGAGAAAAUAUUAAGCGUUAUUGUUGCAGUCCAAGUUAACUGCCUUUUUUUUUUUCCUGGACUUGUUUCUUGAAGUGUAUCCUCAGACUGCACUUCAGGAUAUAGUUUCUGCUUGAAUAUUAAUUUAGAUAGGCAUAAACCUGUAAGCAAACAAUAUUUGAUAAAUGUUGAAUGACAUUUAAUUUAAUGGAGCAUGUACUUAUUUGCAUUUGCUGGCAGUUCAGGUAUAGUUAAAGUGAGAGUUCUCCUAUAUUUCAUAAAGUGGGUUUGCCAAAACCCAUGUGUUAAAUAAACUGUCCAAGUGAAACUGAACUAACGUUGGCCUAUGUGUAUUUCCUGAAAAUAAUAUUGAUAAAUGUUAAUAAACACUCCUGACACUACAUUAGCAGUUUGCAAAUGUUGCAAACUAUUUGUCUCAUUGUAAUGUUGAAAUAAUUUGGAUAUUUCACAUUGAAAUGGAAAGCCUUUCGCUGGAACAUUUUAGAUUUGCAUUUUAAAUGCAUGAAAUAUGUAAUUGAUUUUUAUCUGUAAUAUUUUAAAUGGUAUUAAUAAACUCCAGAUAAAACAUUC